AUGUCUUACGAUACUUUACCUUACUCGACUAUGGAACCACCUUUCUUCCAGGAAAAUAGAUCAAAUCCUCAAUCUUUCCGUCAUGAGGAUUUGAUGGACAUUGAAAGUUCUUGGAUACAAAAUAUCGAUCCACUUCUUCGCCAGUCUCAAAUGAGCUCUCCGGAUUUCGAAUACCGUCAAAACUUACCACAGCAACCUUUACAAAGAUUCAUCACAGAGCCGGGACGAGCUCUCUUUACUACUGUUCCAACCAUGACUCACUUCGAUAGCUUUUCCAGACCACCCCAUAGAGCAUUCGAACCCGUUAGUGUCUAUCCUCAAGCUUCUCGAACAAGAAUGAUAUCCCCAUCUCCUUCCCAAGAGCUCUCUUCCAACUGCAGUAGUGCUCGAAGUCCAGCUACCGAAACAGAUUGGUAUCACGAUGGAUACUAUUCCUCUCAGGGCCAAGAUGAUUACACCCUACCCAAUAUCUCUCACACUACCUCGCAAAACUUCUCUGAUAUAUGGACAUCACCACAAAUUCUAAUCGGACAGCCAACUGGAUAUCCAUGUGUUAAUCUCAGUGAUGUUCAGGCAUUUGCCGACCCGCAAGAAAUCAAAUUCGAGACCGAUGAAACAUAUGUCGAUUAUGCGAUCCAAGCAUCAGAAUCCGGAAGUCACAAAUUAGUUUCCCAUAUAUCACAUUACAGAGAUGAGGGAUUGGGAGCUUCGAUUCGAGAUGCUGCAUCUCCUCAAGCAAUUUCUAUUCAAGCUUCGAAUAACGACAAUACAUCUACGAUUUCUGAUGCUGAUGUUGAUGCACAAGGCGAUGGGAUUGAUGUUCACACCAAUGGGAAAAUAGACAUGGAAACAGAGAUUGAUUCCGAACUACUACCCCAAGAUGGAGACAUCGAAGAAGAAGACGAACCAUCAGACACAGAAUACACACCCCGUCCCUCCACCCGCAACCCACGCAAACGCACCAGCACAACUACAUCCUACUCUCCCCCCACCCCAAAACGCAACCGCAUAUCCAAUUCCUCGACAUGCACAUCUAGAUCCUCUUCCAAAUUUUCCUCUGGAGGUCUCUCCUGCAAACAAUGCGCCUCUUCCGGCUUCAAGGAUACCCCCAGUCUCCAACGCCACAUCGCAUCCGCGCACCCCCGGGCUUUCAUCUGCGUCUUCAAUUUCGCGGGUUGCGAUAGUACGUUUGCUUCGAAGAAUGAAUGGAAACGACAUGUUUCCUCGCAGCAUCUCAAUCUGCAAGCUUGGGUGUGUACCCUUGGAUCUUGCGGUAAGGUUCCUUUGAGUUCGCACUCGCACUCGGCUUCUACGAUGCGGAAAGGUGCGGAGGGAAAUGCGAAUGCGAAUGCGAAUGCGAAUUUGCAAGCGCGUGGGUAUGGAGAAAUUAAAGGCGCGGAGUUUAAUCGGAAGGAUUUGUUUACGCAGCAUUUGAGACGGAUGCAUGCGCCGUUUGAGGUGAAGAGGAAGGGGAAGAAGAAUGUAGAGUGGGAGGUGCGGGUGAAGGUUUUGCAGAGCAGUUGUGAGAGGAGUCGACGGGAGGCGCCGGAGAGGUUGGGAUGUCCGAUGAGGGGUUGCGCGGAGAGGAAUGAAGGGUUGGGAGUGUGGUUUGAGGGGAGAGGAUGCUGGGAUGAGAGGAUGGAACAUUUGGGGAAACAUUUGGAGAGUGUGGGGAAGGCUGGGGGAGUGAUGAGGCAGGAAGAUGAUGGACUUUUUGUGGAGUGGGCGGUUGAGCAGAAGAUUAUUGAGAGGGGGGGAGGGGAGGAUGGAUUCUUUGUAAGGGGAAGGGGGGCAAUGGGUGGGCGAGGAAGAGAUUUGUGGGGGCUUGGAUAG